UUCAUGAAGUAUUGCACGUGUAUAAAUCCGUCGAGAGGAGAAGGAAAAUGUUCUCUUUAGUCCUUUGUAGGAUGAUUUUCUGGAUUAAACCUUCACUUAUUGGUUAUAUCAAUUCAUAAAUAAUGUCGAAGAAAAUUAUUUUACCGCCAUUGCCGAAAAUAUCUGACAUUUUACGAAUUUAUGGCGUUCGAGCGAAGAAACAGUUGAGUCAGAAUUUCAUACUUGAUCAAAAUAUUACAGAUAAAAUAGUUUCAAAAGCAGAUGUUUAUGACUGUUUUGUAUGUGAAGUUGGCUCUGGUCCAGGGUCCCUUACUCGCUCCGUUUUACAUGCUGGUGCUAGACAGGUUGCAGCUGUUGAGAUAGACCAAAGAUUUAUUCCAGCUCUUGAGCUGUUGGCCGACUGCUCCGACGGUAAAAUGACAGUUCACAACGAAAAUAUUAUGAAAUUCAACGUUUGCAAAGCCUUUCCAAACGCUGAAGGUGUUGAAUGGGAAAAGGAUUAUUUGCCAAGUGUUCGUUUGGUUGGAAAUCUACCUUUCAACGUGUCCAUUCCUCUUCUUCUACAAUGGUUACAAGCGGUCUCCGCUCGCAUUGGUCCCUUCACCUUCGGUCGGGUUCCCAUGUCGCUGGUAUUUCAAAAGGAAGUAGCCGAUAACAUCUCGGCACCCCCCGGUCAUCCAAACUCGUCACGUUUGUCAGCGAUGACGCAACAUCUUUGCGAAGUGAAGAGAUCGUAUAGUUUACCCAGGACUGUGUUUGUUCCCGAGCCGAAGGUUGAUGCUGUAUUACUUCAUGUUGUCCCGCGGAAGACACCUGAGAUUGAUGCGCCAUAUGAAGUCGUUGAGCAAGUGGUUAAGGCGCUGUUCUCCAAGAGAAGAAAGUUCAUUCGUUCAUCUUUAAGAUCACAUGGGCGACCACCAAAGAUGGUUGUUGUCAAAGGACAGUGCGUGCAACUAACCAAGAACCACCUCAGGUUCACCAUUGACACUACACCCAGUUUGAAAGAUCUUCCUUUCUUCCAUAUGUUUUGGACAGAUUGCCAGGACUUUGAUGAAUACAGAAACGUUGUCAAAGAAAAGAUUACCAUAUGGCUGCAGAAUAUCAAGGCGAAUGGCAACACUGAUUGGUUAAUUGUACAAGUGAUCACCCAGGGAUCAAUCAAUCGCAAUAAACCAAAGUUGCAGCUCCCUCGUAGCAGUGUUUUUGAUAAAAUAAAGAGUGAUUUUGGUGGAGGGAAAGCUAAUGAAAGAUGUAUUCAACUGUGGGAACCAUCGAAACAUGAUGCAAAUCCAAAAUCUGUGGAAUCCUGGCUUGCGUUCAUGAGCAAACUAAGAUACUCCGUUCUCGCAGCUGUCGACAGAAAUCUGAAAAAAAUCGACGAAAAAGUUCGCAAUACCCGUGAUAGGCGAACAGAACGAUCGUGGGAUUUCAUCAAUUACUUUCUUUGCCAUGAGGAAGUCGCGUUGGUUUUCGAAAUGAUGCAUUUGAAUGAGGACGCGUUGAUUCAUUACGACGAGAUCGACGCGUUGUUGGGUCAGCUUGUUGAACAAGUCAAAGCAUCUGAUCAUUCGGGGCCGCUUGCAAUGUUUACCGGUGAAUGUUGGUGCUGGGACGGUGCUUCCAUUUCGCCCAGCACCGAGAAGAGACUUCACGACAAGAUAAGGAAGAAAGAAGCGACUUUUCUCGAUAUGAGAAAUUACCUUUUCAUCAGACAGUGCGCAUUACUGUUCCAACUGGAUCGUGUGAAAGUUGUUUUGCAGAGAAUGCUGCAUUUUAUGCAUGUUGUCGUUCACGAAUUGGCAAUUUUAAAUGUUUCCAUGCCUACUGGUGCGUCUGCGUGCUGGGUGACUUUAAGUUCGCUUCAGUUGAUCCGUUCGGCGAUUCAAAAAAAUGCCGAGAUCGUCACAUACAAUCUGCAUACAGCGCAAAUUUAUCAGUACGCUAAACAAAAGCUUUUUGAAGUGGGACACAUGUGUGGCCUAAUGCCGGACGAGACGCCGACUAGUCAGCAGCUCAAUCUAGCUUGUAACCUUUGUGGUGGUGUAGGCAAAGAUAAAGAAGUACGUGUUAGCGAGGGAAGCCCAAGCAACAAGCUGAAGUCUGCACUCUCGUCAAAAAAUGGCUUUAAAGCUCUUUACCUUGAGCUGCUUGAAAUGGCCAUUAAAACAUACAAAAACAUAAAACGCAACCGUAUUGCUAAAGUACUUGGAAUCGACUUGGGAAAGUUCUAUAUGUCCGGCGGGAGUUAUGGUGACGCCGAGUUACUAUUGACUGAUGGAUACAAGAUGUUUGCGGAGGAGGGAUGGGGAUUAUUGGCAGCGAACACAUUGCUAUCCCUGGCACAAUGUCAAUAUGAGCUGCGGAAAUGGGAGAAAUACGCACAGUCAUGCGCAGUGUUGGCCUGCCAAUCUCAUUUGAAAGAAGAAAGUACUUCAUAUUACACGCAAGAGCUAUUAAGGUUGAAAGACGACCCACAACAUGAAGCUAAACCACUCACCAUACGUGCCCAACCGUUGUUCAAACCAGACGUUAUCAAAAUUCAUCUGGAUAAGAACAUUGCAACUAUUGGCGAGAUUGUAUUUGUCGACGUGGAGAUUGAUAGUGGCUUGACACAAGUCGUGGACGAGUGUUCCUUAAAGGUGACCACGAGAAUGACUUUGACAACACAAGACAGUGAACCCAUACGACUCACUAAUGACGAUGACAAACAAGAGUCCACUAAUGUUAAUGCAUCUUCAUCUGAAUCCAGUAUUGGCACGACUCAGUCAGAGUCGAAAUCUAAAGAGAAAUAUUCUUUGGAAUCUGAAAAAGUUCAGUUGCUUCCAGGAAGACAUCUAUAUCAUCUCAAGGGACAGGUGAAAAAAAGCGGUUCAUACCUUCUAUCACAACUCCUCAUUACGUUGGGCAAUAUACAUUUAUUUGCUUCCUUGACACGGUCGCCUAAAGCACCGCGUAAAUUUAUAGUUGUGUCCGAGUCACCGGCGCUUUCUUGGGCAAAGGGAACUGUGGAUGUUCCACUGGUUGCUGGUCAUACCAACGUCAUUUCUUUGUCCGUGAGCACUGGACCGGCAGCCAUUCUCGACCAAUCCGUGUUGGAGGUCACCUCGGAGUCUGGUCUCUUGUUUCAACCAGUGACGAGUGGUGUGACCGUUGUUACGUCACAAGAUAACGAACUGUAUGCUAAUAAUGCAAAGUACCGUAUCGAAGUACAUGAAGACGAGGCACACUGUAAAUUGGCGUCUAGAUGUUACAUUACCCUACCGUUCAUACCAGCUUAUCACAAAACAUGUGUCGACUUGCUUUUGUUUUCGAAUUUUGAGGAGACAGACCCCGAACAGCCUCUCCUGGACCACGAUGUUUUUUUUCUUGCGUCAUGGCUUUCUUUGAAUAACCUGUCCACGUUGUUUCUCACGUUCUACAAGCCGUUUCUAAUUCAGCAUAUCUCUCAUCGUAAAAACUAUGGCCAUUUUCUUCAAGUUAUUUUAACCGGAGCGACGAGUACGAACAUUACAAUAUGCAGCGCCGACUUGCAAUGUGAAGGCAAACCCGAGAAAAACUCGUCUGAACCUUUACCUCUUCAUUCUUCCUCUUCACAGGCGUUAUUUCAUCACAGUGAGCUUUCGUAUGUAUGGCGUAUGGAUAAAGAAUUCUCCUCGAGUCUUGUAUUAAGUGUUGUAUAUUUCUGUAUGGCCGAAGGAAAGGACAAUGAAUGGUACACACACAGACAUCGAUUUCAGUUCACGCAUUUUGCCAAAAUAUCUUCUCACUAAUGUUGGCAAAAGUUAAAGAAGAAGAAUUUGCGGUUUUAAUAAACUGUCAUUAAACAAUCAUUAAUAUUGCAAAAGCAACAUUCGAAAUAAAUUAAUUCAUGUUUUA